AUGGUACCUUCGUCUACUACUGAACUAAUGGACACAACGGAACAAACUAAUGCCAAUGUAGAUGAUGAUCGGUUAACUCUGAAUAACGUUAUUUUUGCUGGUAGUGGACACAGUAAAUGCGUUAUUUGCCGUCAAGAAACACGUCGUUGGAUGAUAUCGAUGCCAAAAAGUGAUCGAUUAGAUCUACUUAUUAUUCAUUUAAUGUACGCACCAAACGGCGUUCGUUGUUGUCCAUCCCAUCUACUCAAUAAUAAUCGUUUAUUACCUGAUGUCGAGAUAAAUCUUAUACCAUCAAAAGAUUUAACAGUACAUGAAAAUAUAUCAUUAAAAUCUAAUAGAACAAAUAAUACAGAACCUGUACGACGUAGUUUAACAUUAGCAAAUACAAGUUUACCAAAAUCUUUAACAUUACAUAAUAAUGAUCGUUCAUUAACUGGAAUUUCAACAAUGAGAACAUCCUCAACAAUACAUGAAUGUGAUGAAGAAAUUGUUGGAAAUAAUAGUGAUGAUGAUGAAGAUGAAGAUAGAUUAUCGAAUUUUAUACGACAAGGUCUUAUUGUAACAAUAUUUUCAUCAUCAUGUUCAACCAUACGUACAACAACUGUUACAUCACUUACAUCAACUAUUUCAUUACCUGUUUCAUCAAAAUAUAAAUGA